ACUACAAUAAAACUACUUCUAUCUUUCAAUCCAAUUUUAGAUUUUUUUUGGUUCAACUUAGUUCCCUAUUUAUCGAAGAGAUGAGGAGUAAGUGCCACUAAACAACAACAAACCCAACAAUCAUCCCGGAGGAGUGGUAUACAAGUUUGACAACAUCAAAACUUAAUUAGUUUCCUUUCAAGUUUUACAUUUUCAGAUAAGUUAAUUACGUGCCUCCUAGUCAGCGCAAAAUCUGUCCGGUUAGAAAUUACAAACCAAUGUUUUGUGCUCAAUGUCUGUAUAUCAUAACAAACUAAUUUUGGUUCCUAUAUAUACAUGUAGAUUAAGAAACAAAUAGAAGAAAUCACGUUACUGGCAUUUCUGGCAAGUUUGGCAAUAGUCCUAUAAGCAAUUCCAUUGGGAUCAUCUAGGGUUGGGAAUACUGGUGAUAGAUAUAGAAGAAAUUACAUUGAGGGAAAGAAAAAUCAUUCAACAAUAUCUCAUUCUCAUCAUGAUAGAUACUCAAGGUGACAUAGAAAACCAAGUGACCAAGGUCAACAAAUAUGCUUUUGCUUGUGCCAUUGUUGCUUCAAUGGUAUCCAUCGUUUCUGGUUAUGAUACUGGUGUUAUGAGUGGAGCAAUGAUAUUCAUACAAGAGGACUUGGGAAUAAGUGACACACAACAAGAGGUUCUAGCAGGAAUCUUAAACCUAUGUGCAUUAGUAGGAUCCUUAACAGCAGGAAGAUGCUCCGAUUACAUCGGUCGUCGCUACACAAUCUUCUUAGCCUCUGUACUCUUCAUCAUUGGUGCAAUUCUAAUGGGGUACGGUCCAAAUUACACAAUUUUAAUGAUCGGGCGAUGUAUUUGUGGUAUAGGUGUUGGUUUUGCUCUCAUGGUAGCACCAGUUUAUUCAGCAGAAAUUUCAUCUGCACAUUCAAGAGGUUUAUUAGCCUCUUUACCUGAGCUCUGUAUUGGUAUUGGAAUUUUUUUAGGUUAUCUAUCAAACUAUUUUUUGGGAAAAUAUUUGAGUUUGAAGCUUGGUUGGAGAUUAAUGCUUGCUAUUGCAGCUAUUCCUUCAUUUGCAUUAGCUUAUGGCAUUUUAACAAUGCCAGAAUCACCAAGGUGGUUGGUUAUGCAAGGUCAAUUAGGAAAAGCCAAAAAAGUUUUAUUUCAAGUUUCAAAUACGACACAAGAAGCCGAACUUCGUUUCAACGAUAUAAAACUUGCAGCUGGUUUAGACGAGAAUUGCAACGACGAAAUUGUGAAAUUACCUCAAAAGUCUCAUCAAGGUGAAGGUGUUUGGAAAGAGUUGAUUUUAAGACCAACACCUGCUGUACGUUGGAUGUUAAUUGCUUCAGUUGGAAUACAUUUUUUCGAGCAUGCAACUGGAAUUGAAGCUGUUAUGUUAUAUAGUCAUAAAAUAUUUAAAAAAGCUGGUAUUAAAAGUAAAGAAAAUCUUUUGCUUGCAACAAUUGGUGUUGGAUUAACAAAGAUUAUUUUUCUUGUACUUGCUUUAUUUUUGAUUGAUAAAGUUGGUAGAAGAAGGUUAUUACAAGUUAGCACUGCAGGAAUGAUUAUUGGACUUACAGCCUUAGGGUUCAGUUUGACAAUGGUGGAGCAUGCCAAUGAAGAAGUUUUAUGGGCCUUAACACUUAGUAUUAUAGCAACAUAUUUCUAUGUUGCUUUCUUUAAUAUAGGGCUUGCACCUGUUACUUGGCUCUAUGGUUCAGAGAUAUUUCCUUUGAAGUUAAGGGCACAAGGGGUUAGUAUUGGAGUUGCUGUGAAUAGGUCUAUGAAUGCUGCUGUUUCCAUGAGUUUUAUUUCAAUCUAUAAAGCACUCACAAUAGGUGGUGCAUUUUUCAUGUUUGCUGCUAUAUCUGUAAUAGCUUGGGUUUUUUUCUAUUUUCUUGUUCCUGAAACUAAAGGUAAGACUUUGGAGGAGAUGGAGACUCUUUUUACCAAAAAAAAUAAAAGUGGUAAAAGUGUUGCCAUGGAAACAUAUCCAACACAAUAGACCUUAGUAAGUUCAAAAAUGUAAAAAAUCUUUACAUGACAUUAUGUUCUUUUUCCUCAAAAUAUUGAUCUCUUUUUGUUGUUGUUUGUGAAGUAAUUUAA